GCCUAGUCCGCGCUCCCUGACGCCCCAACUGGCGUCCAGUCUCCUAGCAACGACGGUUAGCCUCUUCCGCACAGCUCUUUUCUCAGGAUCCUCACCCUCCACUCUCUGCCCACAGUCCCCCAUUGGGGACUAGCGAAGCCCCUCUGCGCCCCUCAAACUCCAGACCCGUCUCCUCGAUUUACUUUUGUCUUCUACCCCGCCUCAUUAAUUUGCUCUGAAUCAACACUUUCCCUUGUCCCUCCUGUCUCUGAAAUUCUCUCUUCUCAUACCAUCCUGGGUUCCGCCAUCCCGGGGACUAAGUUGCUCUGCUUCCUUUCGUGCUAAUCCCGCGCCAGGCCAGUAGCCUUUAGAUCAUGACCGGAGGUAAUUUUGCCCAGAGUCCAGAGGAAGGAGGCGUGUGCAUCACUGAAACCCUUAUCACUAAGCGGAACUUGGCCUUCCCUGAGGAUGAGGAUCUGUCAGAGAAGAUGUUUCACACUCUUGCUGAACUGCAGACUGUCCGCCUGGACCGAGAGGGGAUUACUGCUAUCAGCAACCUCGAGGGCCUCCAGAAUCUUCACAGCCUCUAUCUGCAAGCGAAUAAGAUCCAGCGAAUUGAGAACCUGGCCUGCAUCCCCUCCUUGCGCUUCCUGUCUCUGGCAGGAAACCAAAUCAGGCAGGUGGAAAACCUCCAUGACCUCCCACAUCUCCAGUUUCUGGACCUUUCAGAGAACCUGAUAGAAACACUGAAGCUGGAUGAAUUCCCGCAGAGCCUUCUCAUCCUCAACCUGAGUGGAAACAGCUGCACCAACCGGGAUGGGUACAGGGAGCGAGUGACAGAAGCCCUGCCGCUGCUCCUGGACCUGGACAAGCAGCCUGUGUUAGAGCGCUGGGUCUCGGACGAGGAGGAUAAAGACUCAAGCGACGAGAACGAGGAGUUCCCGGAGCUGAGUGGUCCGUUCUGCACAGAGCGAGGCUUCCUCGAGGAGCUGAAGCAGGAGAUGAGCAGACACAAGGAACUCAGGCAGCAGGCAGCCCUGACCGAGCACCUUCUGAGGAUGGGGACAAAGCCUGCCCUCACCGACCUCCCCCAGCUGCCCGGGGGGGCCCUGGCUAGGGACGGCAGUCCUUCUGUCACUCCCACGCCGAGGAAGGAGACACCUCCCAAGCCCGCCUCCCUGCCACAAGCCACCUCUGCCACCAAGAAACCCUGCCCUCUGGUUUCCAGCCAGCAAAGCAGUGUCCAGGCAAAGAAGGGGGCCCGAGCAGCCACAGCCCCCAAGGCCUCACUGGCUGGGGCCCCCAGCACAACCAAAAUGGUGACCAAAAGAGUCAGGAAAUGAAGUGCGGCCCCUCCCUAUCAGCAAAGCCACAGGAACAAGGAACGGGGAAGAAACAGGGUCUCCUUCUCAGACCCCUCUCCUGUGGCAGGAGCCCACCCCAAUAAAAUGUCUCCAGGCCCUGAA